AUGGCGACCACUCAGGGUAUCAUAACUAUGAUGGUCAAUCAGCCCAAUAAUGCCCUAUUCCGGAAGUAUACCCGCCUAGGGGUUUCCCUAGUUAAUCUGCGUCACGCGGAAAUAGGUGAAACGGAAGAUAGCUACCAAAAGGCAGUAGAAGAACUUAUCGACUUUCGAAGAAAUGAAAGUGCGUUGCGAGCAGAAGGAAUUGUCUCCGAUCCGGAGCACGAAAAGAAAUUGCAGCAGCGAGUCACCGAGUUGGAGACGAAGCUUACCCACUAUUACCUACUCGUGACCCUCUUCGGCCAUGUACAAGGCCUCCAGCGGCCCGGCAAAGUCGAACUAGCUAGCUUCAAAGAAUCUCUCUGGUACCAGCAAUCCUUUGAUACCAAGGGAACUCCUUGGGAAAAUGAACACGACCUUUUUCAUGCAUUUUCCAAGAAGUCGGACCAGUUAGACAGACUCCGUUCGUUUUUGAUACGCAAAAUUCAUAACUGGAGAGAGAGUCCAAGAUCUGGCGCCUUUAUAGAUUGGCUCCCAAAACGUAUAAGCCGCCGCCUAACAACGCUUCCCGAACCCGAAUUGGGAAACACCACGGAAAAGGCCACACCGGUUGUUAUCAAUCCCGAAGCCCUUAGACGCUUUAUCUUCUGGCUUGUGAUCUUCCUUGCGCCAUGUAUUACUGUGCUACCCAUGUUUGUGCUUUAUGCAAUUUCGUCGAUCUGGGUACGAAUUGUGGCGGUAUGGGCCUUUUCCCAGGUUUUUGUGUGCAUUCUGAGUAAUGAGUCGGGCACGUCUUUUAUCUUGUCGGCGAAUGCUGCAUUCUGUGCCGUGCUUGCUGUCUUUGUGGGAAAUGCGCCGUCUUGA